AUGCCUACCGCCUCCACGACCCUCCACACCGUUGCGGAAGUCAAAGCGUUCACCGAACAAAUUGGCGAGACGUUGGAGGGGUUUAUCGUUAGGACCCGUGUGGCACCGCGCACGCGUAGGGAAAAGGGGCAAGAGAUAAGGGAUAGAGAAAGUCCUGAAAUUCGACUAGCCGACUGGUGCCAAGUCACGAAGGCGCUGCCCACGGCGUAUGCGAAGGGCGGGGCCCAGGGAAUGGACGAAGCGAGGUUGCCGAAGAGCAAGAUGGGGAGGAUGGAGAUAAGGAAUUAUGUGAAGUGGGUGACAGGCGAGAUUGAGCGCGAUGUGGGAGCGUUUGAGGGGUUUGGGAAGGGGUUUGGGAAGGGGAGGUGGAUUAUUGAGACGAGGGAGAGGUUUUUGAGAUGGUGUCAGAGUAAAUCAGGAGCGGGAGAGCGGGGGAGAAGAGGGGAAGAAAGAGAAGAUGGGUUUGGGAAGACGGUCAUCGUGUCGAUCGCGGUUCCGGGUGUUGGAACAGCAUCCAUCGCCGUCGUACUCGCCCAUAUGUUCGGCUGA